AUGAGGCGCUGGCCCGUCCUCCUGGCCGGGGCUCUGGCCGCCCUCCUGUCUCCCGGGGCUCCCGCGCCUGUCCACAGACAGCGCCCCCAGAACAAGGUCCUGCUCGUGUCCUUCGAUGGUUUCCGCUGGAACUACGACCAGGACGUGGACACCCCCAACCUGGACGCCAUGGCUCAAGAGGGGGUGAAAGCGCGCUACAUGACACCUGCCUUCGUCACCAUGACCAGCCCCUGUCACUUCACUCUGGUCACCGGCAAAUACAUCGAGAACCACGGUGUGGUCCACAACAUGUUCUACAACACCACCACCACGGUGAGGCUGCCCUACCACGCCACCCUGGGCAUCCAGCGCUGGUGGGACAACGGGAGCCUGCCCAUCUGGAUCACGGCUCAGAGACAGGGCCUGAAGACCGGCUCCUUCUUCUACCCCGGCGGGAACGUGACCUACCGAGGGGAGGCCGUGACGCUGAGCCGCAAGGAGAGCGCCUGGCACAACUACUCGGAUGAGCGGGAGUGGCGGGCCAACGUGGACACGGUGAUGGAGUGGCUCACCCGCGAGGACCUGGCGCUGGUCACGCUCUACUUCGGGGAGCCGGACUCCACGGGCCACAAGUUCGGCCCCGAGUCCCCCGAGCGGAGGGAGAUGGUGCGGCAGGUGGACAGGACGGUGGGCUACCUGCGGGCCAGCAUCGCGCGGCACCGCCUCGGCGAGCGCCUGGACCUCAUCGUCACCUCCGACCACGGCAUGACCACGGUCGCCAAGGCGGCCGGCGACCUCGUGGAGUUCCACAGGUUCCCCAACUUCACCUUCCGGGACGUCGACUUUGAACUCCUGGACUACGGGCCCAACGGGAUGCUGGUCCCCAAGGAGGGGAGGCUGGAGGAGGUGUACCGGGCGCUGCGGAGCGCGCACCCCCGGCUGCACGUCUACAAGAAGGAGGAGUUCCCCCGGGCCUUCCGCUACGCCGGCCACCCCAGGAUCACCCCCCUGCUCAUGUACAGCGACCUCGGCUACGUCAUCCACGGGAGACUGAACGUCCAGUUCAACACGGGCGAGCACGGCUUCGACAACGGCGCCAUGGACAUGAAGACCAUCUUCCGCGCCGUGGGCCCCAGCUUCCGGGCCGGCCUGGAGGCCGAGCCCUUCGACAGCGUGCACGUGUAUGAGCUCCUGUGCGGGCUGCUGGGCAUCACGCCCGAGCCCAACGACGGGGACCCCGGCGUCCUGCGGCCCCUGCUCCGCUCGGCCUCUCCUCUCCGGCCCCGCAGCCAGACAGCCCUGCCGGUGGCCCUGCUGGGCGUCCUGGCUCUUCUGGUCAAGAUCCAUCCUCCACCCUACACCCCGGUCCUCCACCCUGACCCCCGGCCCUCCACCCUGACCCCUGGCCCUCCACCCUGA